AAGUUUAUACUCCUUAACACCAGUACAUUCAAAGUUUAUGAAUGGGAUGAGUGAUGAUUUGAAAGCAAACCCAAAAAUGAAAAUGCCUCUAAAACCUCCAUCAACCUCCAAACCAUGCAAAUUCUACUUCUUCUAUGGCAAAAGAAAACCUUCUAUUAACAGACCCACUGUCUAUGGCGGUCUCUUCUCCAAUCGCCAAUCCAUAAACCCUAACAAUCCUAAAUUUUCCAUUUCAAACAACCAAUCUCAGUCUCAAUCUCAAAAACCCACUAAUUUUUCCCUUCAAAAUUGGGACCCAGAUCAUCCAAAUGCCCAAAAACCCACCUUUACUAAAACCCCAUCCGAAACUUUCUUCCAAAUUGCCCAGAAACUCUCCCCAAUUGCCCGUUACAUUUGUGAUUCUUUCAGGAAACACCAGAAAUGGGGCCCACAAGUGAUCGCUAACCUCUCAAAGCUUCGCCGGGUUAACCCCAAUUUGGUUGCUGAGGUGCUGAAAGUCCUGGAUGACCCUGUGAUUUGCUCCAAGUUCUUCCAUUGGGCUGGUAAGCAAAAGGGUUAUCAGCACAAUUUUCUUUCUUACAAUGCAUUUGCCUAUUGUUUGAAUAGAUUAAAUAAAUUUAGAGCUGCUGAUCAAAUACCCGAGCUAAUGCAUAUGCAGGGUAGAUUACCCAGUGAGAAACAAUUUGAAAUUUUGAUUAGAAUGCAUGCUGAUAAUAAUAGAGGUAAUAGGGUUUAUUAUGUAUAUGAGAAAAUGAAGAAAUUUGAGGUUAAACCUAGAGUUUUUUUGUAUAAUAGGAUCAUGGAUGCUUUAGUUAAGACGGGUCACUUAGAUUUGGCAAUGUCAGUUUAUGAUGAUUUCAAGAAUGAUGGGUUAUUGGAGGAGAAUGUAACUUUUAUGAUUCUGAUCAAGGGUUUGUGCAAGGGUGGACGAAUGGAUGAAAUGUUGGAGCUUUUGGGCCGGAUGAGAAGUUUGUCGAAACCAGAUGUUUUCGCAUACACGGCUAUGAUCAGAAUAUUAGUGGGUGAGAGAAAUUUGGAUGGUUGCUUGAAGGUUUGGGAUGAAAUGGAGAGGGAUGAAGUUGUGCCUGAUGCGAUGGCUUAUACAACUUUGAUUUCAGCAUUGUGUGAAGGAAACCGUGUCAAUAAAGCUUAUGAAAUUUUUAAGGGUAUGAAGAAUAAGGGAGAGUUGAUUGAUAGAGCUAUAUAUGGUGCAUUAGUGAAGGGGUUUGUUUUUGAUGGAAAAGUUGGGUCAGCACUAGAUCUUUUAAAGGAUAUGAUACAUUCUGGAUAUAGGGCUGAUUUGUCCAUCUAUAAUUCCUUGAUAGAGGGCUUGUGUAAUUUGAAGCAGCUUGAUAAAGCUUAUAAGCUCUUCCAGAUAACUAUUAAAGAGGGUCUUCAACCAGAUUUCACAACUGCCAAUCUGCUGUUAUUGUCUUAUGCAGAAUCAAAAAAAAUGGAUGAUUUCUGGAUGUUGCUUGCGCAGAUGAAGAAAUUAGGAUCACCGAUCAUUGAUGGGCUUUCUGAGUUCUUCUCUUUGAUGGUUAAAAGGGAUAAGGGAUUACCUUGCGCUUUAGAGAUAUUAGAAGAUGUGAAAAUCAGAAGUUACUGUAGUGUUCACAUAUACAAUAUUCUUCUGGGAGCUCUGUACAAGAGUGGACAGAAUAAGGAAGCGUUGUCCCUCUUCACGGACAUGAAAGAAUCAAACUUUACACCCGAUGCUUUAUCUUAUAGUCAUGCAAUUAUGUGUCAUGUUGAUCUUGAGGACAUCAAAGAGGCGUGUCAUUUGUAUAAUAAAAUAAAGGAGAUGGAUUCUAUUCCUUCCAUUGCAGCUUAUUGCUCUCUGGUAAAUGGUCUAUGUAGAAUAGGCGAAAUAGAUGCAGCAAUUUCACUAGUCCGGGACUGUUUAGCUAAUGUCACUAGCGGGCCUAUGGAGUUCAAAUACUCUUUAGGCCUCAUCCACGCCUGCAAAUCGAACGAUGCUGAUAAGGUCGUUGAAGUAAUUAACGAGAUGUCAGAACAAGGAUGUGCACCUAAUGAAAUCAUAUACUGUGCUGUUAUUUCUGGCAUGUGCAAGCACGGGACAGUGGAGGAAGCUAGGAAGGUUUUCUCAAUUAUGAAGGAGCAAAAGUAUCUAUCUGAUGCCAAUAUGAUUUUAUAUGAUGACAUGCUUAUUGAACACAUGAAGAAGAAAACAGCAGAUUUGGUGCUUUCAGGAUUGAAGUUCUUUGGACUAGAAUCAAAACUGAAAUCAAAAGGCUCAACAUUGCUAUCAAGUUAAAUACUGGACAAAGGUUAUACACUAUACUCUAAUACGUCCUCGGUAAGAGGCCAGAGUCAGAAACUAAAUAGUGAGAUCAAAGAAGAACAAGAUAUACCCAAAUAUGCGAGUAGCUGGAACCUGGUAAAUUGAAUUGCUGCCGACUUAACAGGCUGUGCUCCAGAUGUGAUGCCGUCAUGUCUUGGAAGCUGUACAGCCACAGGCAAACGAGAAGAUUUUCACAAGCACCUUAGCUGCUCAACUAUAGCAUCCAGCGUUGGUCGAAUCUCUGGAUUGUUUUUCCCUACUCACUACGAUGAACUUGUCACUGAUUAGCGAUUACUCAAGCUCCAUUCCUAUUCCAUUUCCUGGAUAUAAAUUAUGUAGUACGAGUAUUCUGUAGAGAGAAAGCUUCGGUCCUAGGAUUCGGAAUGAGUGCUUUGAAGUUGUCCUUGUAGAUUUCAUCUCUUUUUAUAGAUGUAAAUGAUAAAUUUUUGUGACAUAGAUUGUUCUUACCAUAAUUUUUUAGACUUGAAACAUAGGAACUAUUUCAGGAGAUACAGCAUAUUUUGAUUUUGUUAAGCGUAGUUCAGAGAUACCUCUCUUAUAUUCUGUAUGCAAUUUAUCUGAACUUGUAAGCUUUUUUUUUUUUUUUUUUUUUUUGUUGGACAAGCAAUGACUUAAUUAUUGAUAACUAUCAUACAAAGCCUGACAAUCAUAUUGCCUGAU